GCCGACUCCCUCCCACCACUAACUCUCUGUCACUCUCUGCCAUCGUGGCUCACCUGGCGCAAAAGCAAAUGCGACUCCAAGUCAACACGAGAGGCUCCAUCUCGAAAAUGAAGACUACUGCACAGAGAACAACAAUGAAACUCUCGAAAGAUUGCCAACAUCAUUCGUAAAAUAAUUACAAAAUAGUUGACCCAACAACCCCUGUGCAUUUCAAGUGAGCCCAACAUAAUGGAGCAACAGCCCAACAGCAACUACAAUCAAGCCUCGUGGAAAGAGAUUCCGUGGAAUUUCACGGAGGAUUGCUCGCUCUCGUUGAGCGGCACCACCUUCCUCAUUAUAGCGUACAGCGCUGUUCUGGCGGUGGGUCUCGUCGGGAACUCGUGCCUGGUGUUUGUUAUCAUCAGGCACAAGGAGAUGCGCAAUGUCACCAACAUCCUCAUCGCCAAUCUGUCCGUCUCCGACAUCCUGAUGUGCGUCGUGUGCCUGCCGGUCACUAUCAUCUACACGCUGAUGGACCGCUGGAUCCUCGGAGAGACUCUGUGCAAGCUCACACCCUUCAUCCAGUGUAUAUCAGUCACUGUGUCCAUCUUCUCCCUAGUCCUCAUCGCCAUGGAGCGCUACCAGCUCAUUGUCCACCCCACUGGAUGGAAGCCGAUGGCAAGGCAGUCCUACUUAGCGGUGGCUCUCACCUGGAUCACAGGCUGUUUAAUCUCUGUGCCUUUCGUCAAGUACAGCAUCCUUACAUUGCCCUUGCAGAACCUCACCGUCCCCUUCCCGAUCAACGACCAACUUGUUUGUAUGGAGCGCUGGCCGUCGGUUCGAGCACGCCAGGCGUACACCACCUCUUUGCUCAUCUUCCAGUACUUCCUCCCCCUUUCCCUCAUCAUGCUAUGCUAUCUGCACAUCUAUCUGCGGCUGCGGAGGAGGAAGGACAUGGUGGAACGUGGCAGAAACACUACGCAAAAGAAUAAAAAAGGCGCCACAAGGAUCAACGUCUUAUUAACCGCCAUAGUGGUGGCCUUCGCUCUCUCCUGGCUCCCUCUCAACAUCUUCAACACAGUGUUUGACUGGAACCACGAGAACAUCCCAUCCUGUGGCCACGACAUCAUCUUCUCCUUCUGCCACCUCAUCGCUAUGGCCUCCACGUGUAUCAACCCAGUCAUCUACGGGUUCCUCAACAACAACUUCCAGAAGCAGCUCAAGUCCACCCUGUUGCACUGUCGCUGCUGGGGUGUUGCAGAGAGGUAUGAGAGUGUGCCGCUCUCCACUGUUAGCACAGAGGUUACCAAGGGGUCAGUCCUCAGCAAUGGUUCCAACAGCAUCAAUAUUUAAAGCGAAGCCUUUUGGUGAAAAACAAAGCAACUAGACCGGCUCCCUCCUCAGCUCCCUUUGCUUUAUUCUUUUGAGGCGAUUUUUCUUCUUCUUUUCACUGCAAAAGCAUGGUUGACAUUUGCAGAGAAUGUGACCAUAACUGUCCAGAGGGAAGUAAAGUCACCUCCCCGGCAUGACUGGUGCCCUCUAAUUGUUAUGGUUCCAGCCUAAAAGGAAGUGACAAAAUGACAGGACAAAGGUUGAAGAUGCUUUAAGUAAUAAAGGAUGACUGCAAGACACACUUCACAUAAAACUUUGUGCAUCUGCACUCUGUACAGUGCUGUGGGACCAUAAGAUAUUUAUUAGAAGCAUCUAGAAAAAAAGGAUACACCUUAGACAGUAUCUUUUCAUGCUGAACUCAUUGUAUUUAAAUAUUUGCAGCUUGCUUUGCAAACUGUAAUUCGGUGUAAUGGAAACUUCAAACGAAGUGACAAGGACAAGGUGGGUGUAUUGCAAAUGCUGACAGUAUUGAUGACUAUGAAAUAGAGUGUGACGCGGGAUGUGUUAAUGAUUAUUGACGGA